GCCGGUUUGUUGCAGUCUGCACCGGAGAAGGGCCGAGGGACCGGGGCGGACAGGUGGAGAAAGAGAGAGGUAGAGAGAAAGGGAGAGAGAGGCAACUGGCCUGCGGUGCCCCCCUCCUCCGGUAAACUUCCACGGCUGCCGCUUCGUAGUCAGAAUGAGUUUGUACGGGUCUCAGCAGGGCCUGAACCGCAGGAUCGGGUCCAAAGGCGACCUGACCGGCGGGGGGACGUACCAUUACGCGCGGAGCGAGGUCGUACACGGAGGCGGUAAUGGAUACGAGCCGUACAUGGACGGAUACAAAACCUACACCUUUUCAAAGUCCUCUACGGGCGGCAUGGGAGGCGGAAUGAUGAGCGGAAUGUCGGGCGGCAUGGGAGGCGGAAUGUCGGGCGGCAUGGGAGGCGGAAUGAUGAGCGGAAUGUCGAGCGGCAUGGGAGGCGGAAUGAUAACCCAGAUAUCAAACAGCGGAUUGAUGACCCAGGUGGGAAGCGGCAUGGGUGGCUCCAGCCUCAGUGCCAUCCACCAGAGGGCCAUGAUCCUGCAGGGCCAGUGCCAGGAGUACCUGAAGAAAGCCGAAUACGCCCUUCAGUCUGGUGGCGCCCCCAGUGAUGCAGAGCGCUACAUGGCGAUGGCCAAAGAGACGAUUGAGCAGCUGAAGGGCUGUGCGAUGGAUCUGAGACAGAUGGGACAACCGAACGACAACGUAGUCCGGACUCUGGAGAUCUGUAAGGACCAGCUGAAGGGGGUCCACAUGGCCAUGACAGGCAGCAUGCAGAGGAGGAGGAGCACCAGAGGGAGCUCUGGAGGCUGGGAGGAGCCUGGAAGGAGCUUCCAUGAUGCUACGGGCUGGAUUGCACAGCAAAAGCGUCUGAUUGAAACUGCUCCCUGGGGAGACGACCCUGUAGCCAUCGACCAGCAGCUCGUCAGCCAUCAGAAGUUUCAUAGCUCCAUCCAGAGGAGCCCGGAGGUGGACCGAGCCAGGGACGACCUGAUUAAGAAAGGAGACAAGGCGAAUCAUCACGCUCUGGAACAGGAAUGGGACAGUCUGCAGCAAAUGUCGUUCAGUCGGACCCAGCAGCUGCGAGAACUUCAGGAGAUCCUUCAAGAAAUAUCCAGAGAGAUCAUGUGGGUGAACGACAGGGAGGAGGAGGAGCUGGUGUUCGACUGGGGAGACAAGAACAUCGACCAGUACAUCCCCAAGAAGCAGGAGAGCUACUCCAAACUGAUGAGUGCGCUGGAGGACAAAGAGAAGGACCUGAAUAAACUGAAAAGCAAAGUGGAUUCGCUCCUGCAGAACAACCACCCGGCCUCAGACAAGAUUGAGGCUUAUAAAGACACCCUGCAGACUCAGUGGAGUUGGCUGCUUCAGAUUACAAAAUGCAUCGACAUUCAUCUGAAGGAAAAUGCGGCUUACAACCAGUUCUUUAAAGAGGCCAAUGAGACGUACAGCGCCCUGCAGAAGGAACACGAGACCGUUCGUAAGAAGUUCACCUGUGACAAGAACACUUCUCUGGAGAACCUCCUGGACCUCCUCAGGGGACUCGAGAGGGAGAAGGAGAAGAUCAUGGAGAACAAGAGGCAGGUUCAGCAUCUGGUCAACAGGUCAAAGAGCAUCGUGAGGCUGAAACCCAGAAACCCUGAGGAGAAGAGCAGCAGCCCCAUCAUCGUCAAGGCUCUGUGUGACUUCAAACAAGAUCAGAAAGUGAUCCUUAAGAACAAUGAGGCCAUCCUGAAGGACAACAGUCAGCGCAGUAAGUGGCAUGUUACUGGCCCAGGAGGACUCGACAUGUUGGUGCCGUCUGUGUGUCUGAUCAUACCACCACCCAAUCCACUCAGCAUCAGCCUGGCCAACAAGAAUGAGCAGUACUACGAGGCCAUCCUGUCCAUCUGGAAUCAGCUCUACAUCAACGUUAAGAGUCUCAUCGCCUGGCAGUACUGUCUCCUGGACAUCAAACGCAUCAACUCCCUCACCAUCACCAUGUUGGCCAAGAUGCGUCCUGAAGAGUAUCGCCAAAUUAUCAAGAGCCUGGAGACUCACUACGAGGAGUUCAAACUGUGCAGCCACGGCUCCCAGAUGUUUGCUGACGAGGACAAGAGGAGCAUCGAGAACCAGUUCACCGGAGCCCAGGCCCACUAUGACCAGCUGGUGGUGCAGCUGCCUACUUACAUUGCACAGCAGGAACAAAUAGAAGUACAGCAAGCCGCCGAGCAGCAACGGCAACAGCAGCUGAUUAUAAUACAGCAACAGCAACAACAAGCUGCUGCCGAAGCGGAGGCCAAGAGGCUCGAAGAAGAGGCCAGGAGAGCAGAGCUGAAAAAACAAUCGGAGAAGAAAAUGGUGGUGAAUAAAGAUCAGGUGAUCAAGAAGGAGGUGGUGAAAGUGACCAAGGCGGAGUCGGGGAAGAGGAGGGUGAUGUCGGGCGCCUCUGCGUCCUCUGCUUCUUCUGUCUCCUCCUCAUCCUCACGCAUCUUGUCAGAGCUGCACGCGCUCAGACUGAGGCUGGAGGGCGCAGAGGGCUCGCUGAGUCAGCACAUUCAUAUCUGCCUCGGGGAUGAUGGAGUGCACGACUGUGGCCUCAGGAUCACUCAGCUAGAGACGGUGCAACAUGACAUAGACUCGAUGCGUGAGGAGUACUUACGUCUGAAGGAGCGUAUCCUUAAGGAGCUGGAGGGCAUGAGUGAUUCAGACAAAGCCCAGUUCCUCCGCAGUGAGCUUGGAAUCAUCAACCAAAGACUGGGCAGUCUGGAGACCAGCUCCUCAGCUUACCUACAGAGGCUGCGGGCUCUAAGGGACAUGCUGGAGAGUGUGGCACGAGCUGAGGACAUAGUGAAAGUUCAUGAGGCGAGACUCACAGAGAAAGAGACCACUUCUCUGUCACCCAGCGAAGUGGAGGAGUACAUGUCGAUCCUGAAGAAUAUUACAGCAGAGUUGGAGCAGAAGAAAGAUGUUCUGGCCUCCAUGGAGGCAGAGUUGGCCAAGGCGAGCCACUGGAACGGCCAGGUGGGCGGACCCUUCCACAGGUGUGACAUGAUGCUGUCAAGAUACACAGAGCAGGUGGGACUGCUGUCGGACCGCUGGAGACGGAUCCUGGGACAGAUUGACACCAGACUCCAGGAUCUGCAGCUGUAUCUGCCUCAGCUGCAACACUACAAACAAACCAGCACCUCCCUUCUCGAAUGGAUUGAAGCCACGCGGAAAAAGCAGGAUGCCCUGCAGGCCACCAAGAUAGAGAGCGUCCAAGCACUAAAAGACCACAUUAACGCCCAGAAGGCACUGAACACAGAAAUCAAGGCAAGAAGGGAGACAAUAGAGGGUGUGCUGAAGGACAACGAGGCCUGUGUGCACUCUAUCAAGGACUAUGAAACAGACCUUUCCUCUUACACAUCUGGUUUGGAGACCUUGCUCAACAUCCCCAUCAAGAGGACAAUGCUGAAAUCCCCAUCAAUGGAUCUUAACCAGGAGGCUAUAGAACUACAGACCCGUUACAUGGAGUUGUUGACCCUGUCUGAUGACUACUACAGAUUCCUGGGAGAGUUGCUCAAAAACAUGGAGGAGCUGAAGAUUCGUAACACCAGGAUCGACCUGUUGGAGGAAGAGCUUCGUCAGCUGAAGGAGGAUAUCCAAGACCGCAACGCCAAGAACAAAUCGUUGGAGGAUGCUGUGUCCCGCUACCAGCUGGAGCUGUCCCAGUCUCAGGACCAGCUGCUGUCGAUGGAGGAGGUUAAGCGAAACACAGCCAUGCAGUGCAGUGCCACCCGGGAAAGCCUGGAUAGCACUCAGGGCCAGCUGGCAGACCUCAACGAUCAGGUGGCACGACUCAACUACUUGCUUGAAGAAGAAAAGAGGAAGAGGAGGCUGGCGGAGGAGCGCUACACUCAGCAGCAGGAGGAGUAUGAGUCAGUGCUGAGGAAGAGGCAGAAGGAGCUGGAAACAGUCAGCUGGUCCAAGGUGGAGCUGGAGAAGAGCGUGGCCAGUAAGGAUCACGAGAUCGAACAGCUGCGGCGUCAGCUUGCUGAGGAAGCGGCGAGGAUUAAGGAGCUACAGAAGGAGAUAUCAAAGGUAAGGAGCCAUUGCAGUGAGGAGAUCAGUAAAUUAAAGCUGAGCUACGAAUCCCAGAUCCAUGUCAGUCGCACAGACAUCCAGAGACUGGCGGCCCAGAGGGAGGAGGAUACAGCUGAGCUCCAGAUGCAGUAUGACAGAAUGGAGUCAGAGAGGAGGGAUCUGGAGGAGGACCUCAGGAGGCUCAGGAUGUCUUUCAGCCAGGUUGAAGAACAAAAAAAGAGGGCAGAGGAGGAAGCUCAUAGUCAGCGUGCUGUUAUCACAGAGGAAGGGCGCAGGAGGAGAGAGCUGGAAAGUGAAGUGGAGGGGCUGAUACGGCAGAGAAACCAGGAAAGCAGCAAGUAUAGAGAAGAGCUGGCUGAGGCCAUGAAUGCCCUGCAGGAGAAGACUGAGCAGCUAGCCUACAUCAAACAUAGUCUAGAAGAGGAGACCCGCAGGAGAAAAACCAUAGAGGAAGGGCAGGAUGUGCUUGAACAGUCUGUGGCCCAGCUGCAGGUUAAGCUAACUAAUUCAUCGAUGGCUGCAACUCAGCUAAGGGAGUGUGAGGACGAGCUUGAGAAGAUACGUUUAGAGCUGGAGAGGGAGAGCAGAGAGCGAAGCAGAGUAGAGCAAAACAUGAGUAGGUUGCAGGGACGCAUCAAGGACCUUCAGAGUGUGAGAGAUGGACUGGAGAGUCAGGUGGAGAAUCUGAGGAAGGCGAACCAAGAGGAAGUGGCAAGAAGAAGGCAAGUAGAAACAGAGCUGGACAAGACAACUGUGGCCAUGAAAGAGUACACAAGCACCAUCACUUCACUACGCCAGAGCCAAGAGCAAGCCAGCUCAUCAGGAAAGAGAGCUGAAGAAGAGUGUCUUAGGUUGCAGGAAGAGCUGGAGAGAAGCUUGAGACAAAAUAAGACCUCCUCAGAGCAAAUAACACGCCUGAGCGCCGAGCUGAAGGCUCUGCAGCAGCAACUACUCCAGGAGCAGGCCCGAGUCAAAGAAGCAAACCUCAGGAAUGAGAGCCUUUACAGGACCAUAGAGGAAAAGAGUAAAGCACUGAAUGCAAACUCAGUUGAGCUUCAAAGGCUGAAGGAGAUGACAGAAUCCCAGACCAAAGAGAGGCUGAGGAUGGAGGAGGAGCUAAGGGCAACAAGACAUGAUAAAGAGGAACUCCUGAGAUCCAACCAGGGAAAGGAAGAUGAGCUCUCCUCCCAGAUAACUGCCCUGGAGCGGCAGCUGCAGGCCAGUGAGCGCAGCAAUGUAGACUACCACAACCUGGUCUCAGAGCUCUCCUCUGAGAGGGAGAAACUCAAGCUGGAGACUGAGAGAAUACAAAAGCAGGCCACCGAGACAACUGCCAUGAUGCAAUCCCUUCAGUCCCAGUACAAUGACAUUGUAAAUGAGAGAGAUGCUCUGUUGCUGAAAUUGCAAUUGUCAGAAAAGGAUAGAGAUCGUCUCCAAAUGCUAGAGGAGGAACUCAGUCGCAUUAAACUGUCCCUAGAUUCUGAGCAGCGCAGUAAACAACGUCUACAGGAGGAGAAUGAGAGGGUAAAGAGGGAUUUAAGUUACUGGAAGGAACAACAUGAUAGCAAGAAUAGCCUGAUUAGGCAGUGCGACUCAGACAAGGAGCGUCUGGAGAGGGAAAGGAACUCUUUGAAAAGUGAGAUAGAGAGGCUGAUGAGGGAACUCAGGGAGCUUGAGGAGACAUAUAAAAAUCGGCUAGCGGCCCUUCAGAAAGAACUGCAAGAGGUGACCAUUGUCAGACAAACCAUGGAGACUGAGCUGAAGAAAGCUAGAGAGCCCCCCACCUUGGAUGCCUCCUCUGUGGUUUUUGAUGGAGUUCGCAAGCCAGUCACAGCAGACAAGUUGCUUGACUGUGGUGUACUGGACAAGCCAACAUUUAAUCAGCUUGCCAAGGGGCAUAAGACUGUCCCUGAAGUGUCUGUUGACAAAAAAGUCAGUCUAAAAGGUACAGGCCCAAUUGCAGGGGUGGUAAUUGAAGGUCCAAAAGGUUCAGGGUCCAUUGGUGGACCCCUAUGCAAAAUGACUCUAACCGAAGCCAAGAAAGAGAAUCUCCUGCCACCAGAUAGUGUUGACCUGUUAUUGGAUGCUCAGGCUGCCACAGGCCACAUCAUUGACCCGAGAACUAAUCAGAAGUUGACAGUUGAAGAGGCAUGUGAUCAAGGGGUAAUUGAUGAAGAGGACAAAGAGAGGUUGCUAGCAGCAGAAGCUGCAGCUGUAGGAUAUAGUGGUCCUGGCACAGGCAAGCCCCUUUCAGUAUUUCAAGCCAUGAAGAAAGGAAUGAUUGACAAGAACACAACACUGCGUCUGCUACAAGCCCAGGAGUCUGUGGGGGGCAUCCUAGACCCCAUACUCAGUGUAUUCCUUCCCAAAGACACAGCCAUUGAGCGUAAGCUAAUUGAUGAUGACAUAUGUCGUGCUUUGAGUAAGAGGCCUGAGCUCUACCUGGACCCAGAGAGUGAGGACGGUGUAACAUAUAUGGCAAUGAAGAGGAGAUGUAGGGUAGAGCCACACACAGGCCUUCUGCUUCUUCCUGUCUCUGAGAAAACAGACCCCUCCAAAAUUGUCUUUGAUGGUGUUCGGAAACCUGUCACAGCCAAGCAGCUACUUGAUUGUGGUGUACUGGACAAGCCAACAUUUAGAGAUCUAGAGAAGGGGAAAAAAACUGUUCCAGAUGUGUCUGAAGACAAAAACAUCAAUCUGAAGGGGACAGGGCCUAUUGCUGGGGUUAUAGCAGGGAAUCAAGGCAAAAUGUCUUUAUCAGAUGCCAAGAAACAAAUGCUCCUGCCUGAGGAUUGUGCAGAUUUGCUACUGGAAGCUCAGGCUGCCACAGGUCAUAUCAUUGACCCCAGAAACAAUAAGAAGCUGACAGUAGAGGAGGCAUGUGCCACAGGGGUUGUGGACCUUAAAGAUCGAGACAAAUUACUGGCAGCAGAAGCUGCUGCUGUGGGAUACAAGGAUCCCAGCUCUGCCAAGCCUCUCUCAGUGUUUGAGGCCAUGAAGAAAGGACUCAUUGACAAGAAGACUGGACUUCGCCUCCUGCAGGCCCAGGAGUCAGUGGGAGGAAUUCUAGAUCCCAAUCUCAGUGUGUUUCUACCUAAAGACACAGCUAUCAAGCGCAACCUUUUAGAUGAAAACCUCCACAAUGCUCUAAAACAGAAUCCUGCUUCUUACCUUGACCCAGAAACUGAGGAGGAUGUCAGCUAUGGGGCAUUAAAGAAAAGAUGCAAGACAGAACCACACACAGGUCUACUACUUUUGCCAAUCACUGAGAAGCUAGACCCUUCAAAACUCGUCUUUGAUGGAGUGCGUAAGCCAGUAACAGCACAGGAGUUGCUUGAUUGUGGAGUCCUGGACAAACCAACGUUCAAGAAGCUAAUGAAAGGGGAGAGAACUGUUCCAGAGGUGUCUGAGGAUAAGAAGGUUGCUCUAAAGGGGACAGGAUCAAUUGCUGGUGUAGCAGCUGGACCUUUAGGGAAAAUGUCCUUUACAGAGGCCAAGAAACAGAUGGUCAUGCCCCCAGAUAGUGCAGAUUUGCUACUGGAUGCUCAGGCUGCCACAGGCCAUAUCAUUGACCCCACCACCAAUCAGAAGUUAACAGUAGAGGAAGCAUGUGUCAGAGGAGUGGUGGACAUUAGGGAUCGAGAUAGACUCCUGGCAGCAGAGGCUGCUGCUGUGGGCUACCGGGAUCCAAGCACAGGUAAACCUCUUUCAGUGUAUGAGGCAAUGAAGAAGGGAAUAAUCGACAGGAAGACUGGUGUACGCCUGCUGCAGGCUCAGGAGUCUGCAGGGGGUAUUCUAGAUCCCAACCUCAGUGUGUUCCUCCCUAAAGAAACAGCUAUGAAGCGCAACCUUUUGGAUGAAGACCUCUCUUAUGCACUAAAGCAAAGUCCUUCAUGUUACCUUGACCCAGACACUGACCGUGAUGUCAGCUAUGGGGCUUUAAAGAAAAGAAGCAAAACAGAGUCACACACAGGCCUGACACUUCUGCCAAUCACUGAGAGGAAGGACCCUUCCAAAUUGAUGUUUGAAGGGGUCCGCAAGCCCGUCUCAGCACAGCAGUUGUUUGAAUGUGGAGUCCUUGACAAGCCAACAUUUGACCAGCUAGUGAAAGGGGUGAAAUCUGUCCCAGCGGUGUCAGCGGAAAAGAUGGUCUUCCUAAAAGGUACUGGACCGAUUUCAGGGGUGGUAGCUGGCCGUCAAGGAAAAAUGUCAUUCUCAGAAGCCAAGAAACAGAAGCUUCUUCCUGAUGCUAGCGCAGAUUUGCUGCUGGAGGCCCAGGCUGCUACAGGCCACAUCAUUGACCCUAAAACUAAUCAGAAACUGACAGUAGACGAAGCAUGUGCUAAAGGAGUGGUGGACAUUGGGGAUCGAGACAAAUUAUUGGCAGCAGAAGCUGCUGCUGUGGGAUUCAAGGAUCCUAGUACAGCCAAACCUCUCUCAGUGUUUGAGGCCAUGAAGAAAGGACUCAUUGACAAGAAGACUGGACUUCGCCUCCUGCAGGCCCAGGAGUCAGUGGGAGGAAUUCUAGAUCCCAAUCUCAGUGUGUUUCUACCAAAAGAAACAGCUAUCAAGCGCAACCUAUUGGAUGAAAACCUCCGUAAUACACUAAACCAAAGACCUGCUUGCUAUUUUGACCCAGAAAAUGAGCGUGAUAUCAGCUAUGGGGCUUUGAAGGGACGAUGCAAUACAGAUACUCACACAGGUUUGCACAUUUUGCCAGUUUCUGAGAAGUUUGAUCCCUCCAAACUACUCUUUGAUGGUGUCCGUAAGACAGUAACAGCACAGCAAUUGCUUGAAUGUGGGGUCCUGGACAAACCAACAUUCAGCCAACUAGUAAAGGGAGAGAAAACUGUCCCAGACGUGUCUGUUGAUAAGAAGAUCUUCCUGAAGGGGACUGGAUCAAUUGCUGGUGUUGCAGCUGGUCCUUUAAGGAAAAUGUCCUUUACAGAGGCAAAGAAAAAGAAAGUUAUGCCUUCUAACAGUGCAGACAUGCUACUGGAUGCUCAGGCAGCUACAGGCCACAUCGUUGACCCCAGAACUAAUCAGAAACUGACAGUAAAAGAAGCGUGUGCCAGAGGAGUGGUGGACAAAGAGGAUGAAUCAAAGUUGUUUGCAGCUGAGGCUGCUGCUAUUGGCUACAAAGACCCAAAUACUAACAAGCUCCUAUCAGCGGGCCAGGCCAUGAGGAUGGGAUUAAUUGACAGGGAAACAGCUCUACGUUUACUUCAGGCUCAAGAGGCUGUAGGGGGCAUUUUGGACCCUGCCCUCAGUGUAUUCCUACCCAAAGACGUCGCUAAGGAUCGGGAUCUCAUAGAUGACGGUCUAUACCAGGCCUUGAUUCAAAGUCCUGAGUGCUAUCUGGACCCAGACACCCAACAACCAACUACCUAUGUAUCUCUGAAGAAAAAAUGUAAAGCUGAUCUAAGCACAGGUCUUUUGUUACUUCCUGAACCCAAAAAGGCAGUAACUGUCCAGGGGCUCAGAGGCCCAGUGUCUGUUAUAGAUCUGGUGGAUGCAAACCUGCUGGGACAGUCUGACAUGGAUCAACUGAGCAAGGGUAGACUGACAGGCAAGGACAUUGAAGACCGCUUGCGCUCCUACCUGAGAGGUUCCACCUGCAUAGCAGGGGUUUAUGAUGAGGCUAGUGAAAAGGUGAUGCCCAUAUAUCAGGCCAUGAAAGAUGGACUGUUGCGACCUGGGACCACUCUGGAACUGCUUGAGGCCCAGGCCGCCUCAGGUUUUAUAGUUGAUCCCGUCAAUAACCAGUAUUUGACUGUUGGUGAUGCCUAUAAUAAAAGACUGUUUGGGCCAGAGUUUAAAGACAACCUGCUAGCAGCAGAGAGGGCUGUUACUGGUUACAAAUUGCCUGGUACAGACAAGGUUAUCUCCCUCUUUCAGGCCAUAGAAAGAGGUCUAGUGGAGAGAGGCCAUGGUAUCCGUCUGCUAGAGGCGCAGAUUGCCAGUGGUGGUAUCAUCGAUCCUGAACACAGCCAUCGUAUUGAUGUGAAUCUAGCCUAUAAGAGAGGUUACUUUGAUGAAAAAAUGAACAAGAUCCUGACUGAUCAGGGUGUUGAUACUAAAGGUUUCUUUGACCCAAACACAGAGGAAAACCUAACCUAUCAGGAGCUUAAGAAACGGUGUAUCAUAGAUAAGAAGAGUGGUCUAAUCCUUUUGCCCAUCGUGGACAAGAGAGAGGCAACUCUGAAGAACACUCUGAGAAAGAGGAGAGUGGUAAUUGUGGACCCAGAAACAAACAAAGAGAUGACAGUACGUGAAGCAUAUGACAAAGGGUAUAUUGACUACGAAACCUUCCUGGAGCUGUCCGAGCAGGAGUGUGAGUGGGAGGAAGUCACUAUCACUGCCCCAGAUGGUUCAGAACGGUUUGUUAUCAAUGACAAGAAGACUGGAAGACAAUAUGACAUCACUGAGCUGCUUGAACAGGGAGUGAUUGCUCAGUCAGAUCUAAAUCGGUACCGCUCGCGUGCCAUCACCCUCACUCAAUUUGCAGAUAUCAUCACUAACAAGACCAGAUAUGGAUCAUCAUCAGUAUCAUCAUCAUCAGCUACAAGGCCAUCAGCAGCUUCAGCUACAUCUUCAGUCACAUCAUCAUCAACUUUAAGAACAUCAGAAGCCUCAGUUACAUCUUCAAAGAUAACAUCAUCAUCAUCAUCAUCAUCAGGCUUGUCAAGACCCUUAUCACCUACUCUUGCCAAGAUGACCACAACAAGAACCACAACUGUCACAGAACGAAGCGCCGCAUCCAGCAGUUUUGGUCGCGACUCACCUGACUCCCUCAAACACAUAUCCAGCGUGUCUAUCACUCUGAGUUCUCCCACUGAGGCAGUUGGUGAACAGGAACCCGUGGGUGCCAUCUUUGACACAGAGACUCUAGAGAAGAUUUCUAUCACCGAGGCUCUAGAUCGUGGUCUGGUGGAUUCCAUCACUGCCCAGAGACUGCUGGAGGCCCAAGCCUGCACUGGUGGAAUUGUCAAUCCCACAAAUGGCAAAAGGCUGGGCAUUCAAGAGGCCUCCCGCCAGGGCAUAGUAACUAAUGACAUGAUCUCUUUGCUCAAGCCUGCACAAAAGGCCUUUGUUGGCUUUGAGGAUGUAAAAACCAGGAGGAAAAUGUCUGCUGCUGAGGCCAUGAAGGAGAUGUGGCUGCCAUAUGAGGCAGGACAGAGGUUCAUGGAGUACCAGUAUGUAACAGGGGGGCUUUAUGACCCAGAAGCAGGCUGUAGAAGAUCCAUAGAAGAUGCUUUGAAAAUGGAAUGGCUGGAUGGGAGAUCAGCCCAGAAGCUCCAAGAUGUCAGACACCACCAAAAGACCCUGACUUGCCCCAAGAGUAAACUUAAGAUCUCUUACAAGGAUGCUCUGGAUAAUUGCCUGGUUGAGGAAAGCACUGGGGUGAAGAUGCUCCAGGCAUCAUCAGUGUCUUCUAGAGGGAUCAGCAGCCCAUACAAUGUCUCGUCUGCCCCAGGGUCCACCACUGGCUCUAGGAGUGGCUCACGACGGAGCUCCCGCAGGAGCAGUGUGGACCUAGGCUCCCCCACCUCCUCACUAUCUACUCGCUACAGUCAUACUAGCUUCACCUCCUUCUCCUCCACCAAAUAAAUCAAGAAAGGAAAAGGUCCUGUAUAUGCAUGCUGUUUCCUAUUUUUAAUGUUUGGAAAAGAACAGUGCUGAAGAAAGAAAAGUAUGCAUUGUGUAUGAGGAGAAAAUUUCAAGCUUAACAUUUUAAACUCUUAAAUUUUUUGCAUAAUUUUAGAUUUUAGGUUUGGUGAUGCUGUGCUUUUACAAAUGCUGGUUCAAAUGAUCAUAAGAAUGAACACUAUCAAGAUAUUUUUUGUGAAAAGGGACUCAAGUAUUAACAGAAGUCAUCUAAAAGUAUUUGGAUUGAAAAUGAAGUGUAUAUUAAUAUAAUUGUCGGUGCCCCUUAAAUAGGCUUAGAGAUGACGGCCAAACUCUUGCAUACCCAUAUUUCAAAUAUAUUUUUCAGAAUCUCCAUAAAAUGUAAUUUCUUUUCAAGCUUUGCAUUGGUAAGAUAACGGUGGUAUCUUUACAUUUAUCUGACAUAAAAUUACGCUGUAUGCCUAUUUUGUGUGGGGAGGGAUGCAUGGUUGGGUUGCAUAUAUUAGCUUUACUACUAUUUUUUACUGAAUCACUUGUUAACCACUAGUUUCUUAGUGCUUCCAGUUUUGUAACUGUUUCUGAGUAUCUCACAAUAAAAACUAACCUUUGAGUCUUUUGCUCAUAUA